AUUUAAGAAUGCUUUGUUGUCGUCUGUAAUUUUUUUUUGUAUACUUGUAUCUGUUUAUUUUGUACAACUAAUUAACUUGCAAUUAGAAUUUAAAAAAUAAAUAAAUUAUCAUUUAGAUGGAAGUAUCUGAUUAUAUAAAUAGUGCCAAAACGUUUGCUGAGAAAGCAGCCAAGCUUUCUCAAAAAAUGUCACAAGGUCUUGUUGAUAACGCGCGAGAAUUAGGCUUUCCCGGUAGUGAUUCAGGUUCUCAAUACUUUGACACAUCUGAAGAGAAAAUGAGAAAUAUAAAACGCCAAUUAGACUCUAAAAACGAUAGAGAGAAAUUAGAUGGUUUAAAAAGACUCAUUGCUAUGAUUUCUAAAGGUAGAGAUGUGUCUGAAUUUUUUCCUGAUGUUGUCAAGAAUGUUGUUUCUCAAAAUAUUGAAAUUCGUAAAUUGGUUUAUAUUUUCUUAUUACGAUAUGCUGAACAGGAACCUGAUUUGGCUUUGCUGUCCAUCAAUUCGUUUCAAAAGGAUUUAAGUGAUAAAAAUCAAAUAAUUCGUGCUAUGGCCCUGCGAGUCAUGAGUGGUAUUCGUGUUCCUGUCAUUAGCCCUAUUGUUUUACUUGGCAUUAAAAAAUGUAUAACAGAUCCUAGUCCAUAUGUUAGAAAGACAGCCGCUCAUGCUAUUCCAAAGUGUUAUAGUUUAGAUGAUAGUCAAAAGGAUGCUUUAGUUGAAGUUAUUGCUACAUUACUUAAAGAUAGAUCAAAUAUUGUUAUUGGAAGCACCAUUAUGGCUUUUAAUGAAGUUUGCCCUAAUCGUUUUGAUUUGAUUCAUCCUUGUUAUAGAAAAUUAUGCUCAAUGUUGGGUGAUUGCGAUGAAUGGGGACAAAUGUCCAUUCUUAAUUUAUUAUUACGCUAUGGACGAAAUCAGUUUUUAAAUCCUAAUCCAAAUGGAGAGAGUGAAUCACGUCUUCCACCUAAGAAAAAGACUGUAACAACAAAUAAAUCAUUUUAUUCCGAUUCUUCUUUAGAUUCAGAUGACAAUAAUGAUGCAACACAUAUAGACGAUGUGAUUGAGUUAGACCCUGAUCAUGAAUUAUUAUUAAAAAGCUGCAUACCUUUAUUACAAAGCCGUAACAGUGGGGUUGUUUUAGCUGUUGCCAAGUUAUUUUACUAUUUAGCUCCAGCAGUAGAAGCAGAAAAGAUCGCAAAGCCACUAGUUCGCUUAUUAAGGACACAUCGUGAACAAUGUUAUGUUGUUUUAACAAAUAUUGCUACUAUGGCCCUUAAAAGACCGUAUUUAUUUGAAUCAUCAAUUCAGCAUUUUUAUGCGCAAUCCUCAGAGCCUGUUUUUAUUCGCAAUACAAAAUUAGAUAUCUUAACAACAAUAGCAACUGAAACUAAUAUACACACUUUACUUACAGAAUUCCAACAAUAUGUCAAGAGUCCAAAUAAAGAUUUUGCUGCUACAACUAUUCAAGCUAUUGCUCGAUGUGCUACUACUGUUCCUUCUGCUAUGGGUCAAUGUCUUCAAUUAUUAAUGAAACUACUUAAAAGCAAAAAUGAACUUGUUAUUACUGAAUCUGUAAUAGUUUUAACUCGUCUAUUACAAGUCCCUACAGAGGAGAAAACAAAAGCAGUAAUUAUUCUUGUAAAAUUGUUGGAUACUUUAAAAGCGCCUAUGGCUAGAGCCAAUAUUUUAUGGUUAGUUGGACAAUAUGCAGAGAUCUUACCAAGAGUUGGACCUGAUGUUCUGCGUCAAGCUAUAAAGAACUUUAUGAAUGAGAAUCAUAUAACAAAACUGCAAAUUCUUACUUUAUCAGCAAAAUUGAUUUGCUUGAAUCCAACUCAUCUCACUUUGGCUAAUUUAAAUCAAUAUGUACUAAAUUUAGCUAGAUAUGAUACCGACUACGACGUGAGAGAUCGUGCAAGAUUUUUACGCGCAUUGACUAUACCUAUUCAGAACGAAGAAAAGCCUGGCUUAAAUCAAUUAAAACAACAUUUGAAGAAGAUCUUACUUUCCAAUAAGGAGCCUCCAGUCAUUGAAAGUGAUACUCAAGAUGCAGCAAAUUACAAUAUUGGUUCUCUUUCACUUUUGGCACAUCAACCACUUCCAGGUUAUGAGCCAUUGCCUGAUUUUCCUAAAGAACAACCUGAUACCAGUGUACGUGAUAUAGAUGAACUCGAAGGUUGGAGUGGAAGUAGAACGAUUAUUAUGGAAUCUGGAUUUGGCAAUGAUAACUAUUAUCCUGGCAAAAGGUUUGGUGCAUCGACUGCCUUAUCUGGUAUUGAAGCUAUAGGAAGUCCAUCUAACUAUUCUUCUUCUUCAUUAAAGAAGAAGGGUAAUGAAUAUGAUUUAGAUGCUUUCUAUGAUGAGUCAAGUGAUGAAGAAUACUUGUCUUCUACUGAAGAUGAAGCAACCACAUCACAAGAAGAAGAUUCAGAAGAGUCGUCAUCAGAAGACUAUACUACAUCUUCAGAAGAAGAAGAAGAAGAAGAAGACAUAUCUGAUGAAGAAACUCAACGGAUACGAAGAUAAUAAUAGUAAUUUGCGGAGGUUAUAACCGAACACACAUAAUAACAAAGGCUUUUUUUUUUCUUAAACUUUGUAAAUAUAAUACGUAUACUAUUUUGUCAUUUUUUAGUAAUGUGUAUUUAUAAUGAUGCUGUUUACAUAAAGGAAAAACUGACUGACAUAGUUCACCAAAUUCAACUUGUAAUUUUUAACCAUAUAUGUAGUGUAAUGCAUGCAUGCAUCAAGUUAACUAUUUUAAUAUAUAAAAUGUGUUGUCAUAAAAUACACCUUUUACACAAUAAAAUGCAAAAUAUAUCGCCGACGGACUCAUUGUUUCGAGGC